AAGAGAGAGAGAGGGUAGUUGAAGGUGUUGAAUUAAAUGGUCGUAGUCUGGAGGUUGCGGCAGUGGAUGGUUGAAUUGCUCCUGGUUGUUUAAAAAAAAUUAUCCUGUGUUGCGGAUAUCGUCAGUUCAACCAAAGGUGAUUCCUUACUCUUGUUUCAACAAAUGGACAACUGUGUAUCGUCUGCUUUCAUUUACAUUUCUGCUUCUUUCCCUUUGAACGACUGUGAUUAUUCUUAUUAUAAUGUUGGCAUAGCGUAUGGACUACAAUGAACCUCGAAAGCAUUGAAUGGGCAGGAAUCUACAAUCCCAUAAGUCACGUGUCACUGGAUAGAAGCAGCAGAAGUUUAACUCGUUUCUGGCUUACUUGUGCUUCUUAAAGACAACAGGCUGGAAUCUAUUGUGCGAGGAAUAAAAUUGAAGUCAAGACUUUAGAAGACUGCAGUUCAGGAUAUGACUAAUAUCACUUUAAAUUCUUGGAUUAUCUCUGUGAUGCCAAUGCACUCAGAACAUUCUAGUUGCUGAAAUAGUAUUUUGGAUAUUUAAACGAAUGUUGUUAGCACGGAUCCAUCAUGAACAAAAGUUGUGCGCGCUGCGGCAAACCUGUUUUCUUCGCUGAACGAAAAACGUCGUUGGGAAAAGAGUGGCAUCCAUCUUGUUUGAAAUGUGUUCAGUGCGGCAAGGUGUUAUCUCCAGGACAACAUGCGGAGCACAAAGGACUACCAUACUGUCACAACCCGUGCUACAAGGCCCUCUUUGGGCCAUCCAUAUUAGGCUACGGCUCCAACAUCUCGUCUCCUGCCAACUUUGCACGUAAAGACCGGCCCGCGAGCUACGGGCACGACUACGGAGAUGGAAACGGUUUCAACGAAAUUUACAGUGUGCAGAACAUCCAGUCGGCUAAAGGAGGACAUAAUAAUGAGAUCAACAGCCUGCAUAGCAACCAGACACCCAAGGGCGGUUCUCGACAGUCCACAAACAACAAAACUAAACCUGAUUCCAAAAUACGUGAAAUACUGCAGAAGAUUGAAGAGUUCAACAAAUAUAAUGAAGGGAAAGUACACCAUCAAAUGCAGACUUUAGAGCGUGAUGAUGGAAGCAUCCAUGUGGAGGGGCCUCUUAGGAUCUACUGGGGCCUCAGUCAGCCCAUUCAACUCAUUCACUGUGAUAACAUCCCCCCAGCCCCCAUUGCUCAGUGGCGACAUAGUCUCUAUGAGGUACCAGGCUCGCCAGACACACCUGACAAGAGAUUGUCAAACACACUGAAUCUGAAAGCCCCAAGUUCUCCACCAGGAAAAACCAGAGAACUAGACGACAUGUUCUCACCUUCCUCACCUGACGAUGUGGUGAGAAGAAAGAAAGUUGGUGUACGAAAAUUUAAGACUGUAGCAUACAGAGGGGACCAGCCAACAAAAUGGAAGCGGGCUUCUAUCAAUGGUCAUAUUUUUAAUUACGAUACCAGUGUGUUCACCCCAGUACUUGGCAGUUGUACUACAGUUAGUGUGGACAGUUCAUUGACCACUGCUGAAGUUAUUGAAACUUUGUUAGAUAAGUUUAAAGUCCAGAACAAUCCCAAUGAAUAUGUUUUGUCAAUAGUUAGUGAAGAUGGUGAGCGUCUCUUGACCAACACAGAUAAGCCCCUUUUAGAAAGACUGAAGCUUGGACCUCAUGAGACCAUGGGGAAAAUAUUUAUCAGAGAGAGAACUCUGGAGAAUGGAGCAGGGAAAGUUAACUCUACCAUCAAAAAGCCAAUAGUGGAGACUGCUGAAGAAAACCUGCCUCAUGAGGUUGAACAACUUCUAGUGCUCCCUGAGGCUGUACUUACUGGGCUGCUGAGAAAAUUUAAAAAUGAUGAAGAGAAAGAAGUUCAAGUCAUUAAAACAAGAUAUGACAUUGCCAGAAGGAAGAUACAACGUAUUCUCAAUGAAAAGCAAAUGUUGCAGACAUCCUCCAGUGCGUGAGAUUUAGUUGGAUCAACAGAAGAGGCAGAUUUCACACAGACAGCAAUUUUUUCCAGUGAAUCUGAACUCGGGAGUAUAUCAUUCAAAAGUAGAGCACAGUUGGUUGUGACGCAACAUCUUUAUUUCUAAGAGCACAAUUCAACGCUUGAAAUUGUUGUAGAAUCCUUUCUACCAAUUAGCUCUUCAAAGACUCAUUGUAGAAAUAUGACUUCAUUUAAAAACCUCUUGAUUCAUGGGACAGGUGAUGCGAAAUUCACUUGUGUCAGUGGCCAUUUACAAGAAGUAACCAGCACAAGACCAACUGCUCUUUUCUUUGUCCCAAAAGCCUAUCCAUUCAUCAUAUCCACUAAAAAAAAAUCCAGUGUUUAGCAGGUGGAAACUAGAUAACUUGUUUGACAGUCAAGUAAAUGAUCACUUUGUCAACUCAUGGUUCUUUGUUACCAUGCCAGACUUUGGUUCUUAUCUCUGUUUCAUUAAGUAGAUAACUUUGGAACUACUGGUAGUUUCUCUCUUCAUUGACACUAUCAACAUUAAUGAAACAUUGAAGAGAGACAGGGGGAAUAAUAGCUGCUACAUCCAUUGGUUCUGUUCACCCAUGGACUGUGUCACAUACUUUUGAUUAAUACUUCAUUAAGUAAUGAAAUCUAUCUGGCCUGCUUCAGUCAGUAAUUGAAUGUCAGCUGACAAUACAUUCAAAUGUGGCUUUAGUUUUGCAUUGACAGCUUUAUUAAUGUUUUUAAGUUGAGAAGAUUGUGUAUCUAACACUGAGCAAAGAUAUCCUUCAUUUAUGUUUUGUCUUAUUUAUUGUUAAGACUUCUAUAGUUCAAACUGUAUUUUUUGCAUUUUAUGCAUUGGUUCACCAAAAGAACAGAACUCUUUUAUUUAAAGCAAUUUUUGUCUGUAUGUUUACAAAGUCUUUGUUCAGCCAAAAAAAAAAUUGCAAGAAAAAUCUUUUUUUUUUAUUUCUUACAUUAUAUAAGCAAUUGCAAAUUACCUUUUUUGGUCAGACUUAAGAGCACUAGUGACUAAAUCUUGUUUAUUAGUUUAAUAAUGUCAAUAGAAUGGAUGGGUUAUGACCUUUUUAAGUGUUGACUUUCUCAGUUGUGUUUUUUUUUUAAAAUAUGUAUUUGUAAUUUCUAUCAAUUAUACAUAUGCCAGUGCUGAAUGAUAUUUGUUAAGUUCCAUGUCAAUGUGUUUACAUUUGACUAUUGUAGAUGUUGAAGGAUGUUUUCAGUAUAACCUUUUCUGAAGUUUCAUGUAGAAAUAAAUUUUAUUCCAUAAUUUUAUGAUAUUAUUUUGUUAGUGUACUUGCUUGUACAUUGAAAUAGCAGCUGAGUGUUUCUAUGUAGUCAAGCAUUAGGGUUUAUUAAAAGAAAUUUCUAUAAAUCAAAUAAGAACAUAAAACUAAAAUGUUAUUUAACCAUGGUUAGGCCAAUAAUAGAAUAUGCAUCCUUCGUUUGGGACCCCUCAACUCAAGAAAACAUUAAGAAACUGGCAGACACAAAAUAGAGCAGUGAGAUUCAUAAUAAACGAAUAUUCACAUUUGACUCGAGUAACACCUUUAGUAAAAUUACUAAAUUUAGAAAGCCUUCAGGACAGAAGACUCAAAAGUAAAGUAGCAAUUAUACAUAAAACACUGAACCAUAAUCUUCAAAUACAAAAUUAAAUAAAAUACUCUGAAAGACACAGAUAAAAGCACAUUCCUGGUACCAUAUGCUAGGACAAAUUUGUACAAAUACUCCUUCCCUAGUGCUAUUAGAGUAUGGAAUAGGUUGCCUGAGCUAGCCAGGAAAACCAGUGACUUGGCAGAAUUUAAGUCAUUGGUUAAUAUGCAUGACGCAUAGGACGUAAUCUUCUUUUUUUGAAGUAACGUCUGUAUUAUAUAAGAUAAGUGAGACAGAAAUUUGAUUUGUUCAAGGCUCCAUGGAUAACUCAGUUGUUGUUGAUUUGUGUAUAGAUCCUGAAAUUUCCAGAUGGAUUAACUCAAAGUAUUCACCUUGUUAUCUCCACUUUGUUGUAUGUCUAGUAUGUACUAAGAGCAGGUCUGAGUGUCAAAUGGUUGUGAUUAAAUCUCACGGAUGUCAUUCAUUUUGUAAGCUGAGAAUGUCUGUUUUGUCAUGAGUUUGUUUGUCACACAUUUUUAGUGCAAUUCAUAAACAUAAUUAAAGGGCACCACAUUGAACACUACAUAGCAUUGGUGUUUAUUUUUUGUUCUUUCUCGAGUUAAAAGUUUGUUUUUUUUUAGUUUUAUUGAAAUUAGGUUUCAGUGAAGCAAUCUUUUCCCCUAGUUGCAGUAGAAACUGUAUUUGGAAGUAUGUUAUUAAUAGAUCAGUUUGAUCAAUCAUUAGAUGAUAUUAUUUGGUGAAAGAUAAGUCAAUUCUAAUUGAAGCUCUGAGAACACAACCUUUUUUUUUUUGAUUCUUUUCUCUUGUGGCCAGGCAGCAGGUUCAUGUCUUGUUUUAGCUGAUGUGUACCAUAAAAUCCAUAUGUGCAAAAUAAGCAAUAUUUAUUGAAGCAUAUUUUUUUUUUAAUCGGUAAUAAAAUUGUCAUAUUUGUCUGUGAUGGGAAAAUGUAUAAUUUUUUUUUUAAAUGAAUAAAGCAACACAUUUUUUGAAAGAUUUUGUUUCUUAUUUUAUUUGUCAAUCACAUAUUUCUAAUUCCUGAUCCCAACAGGAUCUGUUCAUGUGACCUCUAGAGUGACAUGCGAAAGUAAUAUAGUUUGGGAAUGUGUAUAUAUAGAUGCUAAGGAUUGACAUAAACAUACUUGACUAUAAUAGGUUAACACCUUAAGUGAACAAGAAGGAGAAUAGUUACAGUGCUGAAGACAUUAUACAUGUUGCAUAUCUUUGGGAUAACAUUGGACCCAGAUAAUAAUGUAAUCUAGUUCCAUUUAGUUCUUAGGAUAUAAAAGUUAAAGCCAUCUUUUUAUAAAAAAUUACUAAUAAUACAUGCUAAGUUGCAUAGUUUGUUAUUUUGCAUGAGAUUCAUUGCAAUUUGUCCACACAGACUUGCAUGUACUUUAUCUGGUAAAA